AAUAAGAGGGGGCUUUGACCAUGGCUCAGGACCACUCUGUCUUGGGACUCCAGCUUCUCUUCUCCUUUCUUUCCUCCAGCUCCAACUCUCCAAAAUGACCGAGUUCACAGCAGACCAGAUUGAGGACUUCAAGGAGGCUUUUGGUCUCUUUGACAGAGUUGGUGAUAGCCAGGUGGCCUACAACCAGGUGGCUGACAUCAUGCGUGCUCUGGGCCAGAACCCCACCAACAAGGAUGUUGUAAAGAUUCUGGGCAACCCCAGCGCCGAUGACUUGGCCAACAAGAGGCUCAACUUCGAAGCUUUCCUCCCCAUGCUGAAGGAGGUUGACACCCAACCGAAGGGAUCCUAUGACGACUACGUUGAGGGUCUGCGCGUCUUCGACAAGGAGGGCAACGGCACAGUCAUGGGCGCUGAGCUGCGUAUCGUGCUGUCCACCCUGGGAGAGAAGAUGUCCGAGGCCGAGAUUGAAGCCCUCAUGGCCGGCCAGGAGGAUGAGAACGGCAGUGUGCACUAUGAGGCUUUCGUCAAGCACAUCAUGUCUGUGUAAGAGGCCAGCAGUUGGAGUGCUGAAGAAACUGUAGCUCACCUACAGACAGCCCAACAGUGUUCAGGACAUCUACACUGUGUCAAAGACCAACCAAGGAAAGACAAGGACUAUGUACAAGGGAUGUUGAAGCAAACCCAUCUUGUUGUUUUAUUUUGUUUUCCUUUCCAUUUUGUCUAAAACCCUCCUCUCUCGGGACAUUACCAUCAUCUCUCCAUUGUAGACCCCCAUCACUUGGCCUCUACUCCCCCCUCCCGGGGCAUGUCUCCACUUACCGUAUGGGGUGAGGAACGGGGGAGAAGGGGUGACCGCUCAUCAAGUGAGGGUAGAUCCCUCCCUUCCCACCGCCACCUCAUUCAGUCACGCCAUCACUGGCCCAGCAAUGCCAAAGGUGCUGGGGAAUGGUUGUGGAUAGGCUGCCAAAAGUCUCCACUUCCCUGAAAAGUUUUAUUUAUUGUCACUCUGUUCAUGUCAGAAUAAACUUUUCCAACGUACAUCCCA